AGCUAGCCUCGGACCGCUGCAACCCGCUCACCGGGUCACUGUCCGAACGUAACCAGUUGCAGCUGCAGUUGAAAAGACUUGAGGAGGGACUUGACCGAGACCCUGUGCCAACCACCAGAUCCUCCAGAAACUGCCUUGACUUGAGAAUCAUGCUGUCGGCCGGCCGCCGGGUAUUCACGGCGCUCGCCCGCCCGACACUGCGAGAUGCGACAAUUCCUCCGUUUACCAGAUCCCACCCUGCCUUCCGCCGAUUACUCUCGGCGCUCGCCGUUCUCGAGCAGCGCGACGGCAAGCUCAAUCAGGGAUCGUUGAGCGCCAUUACGGCCGCACAGAAGCUGGGCGGCUCAAUCCACGCCUUCGUGGCCGGCGCCAACAUCAAGCCGGUGGCUGAGGAGGCGGCCAAGGUUGAGGGCGUUGAGAAGAUCGUUGCCGUGGAAAACAGCGCAUAUGAGAAGGGCCUCCCCGAAAACUACGCCCCGCUGCUGGUCGAAAACAUCAAAAAGGGCGGCUACACGCAUGUGAUCGCGGCCCACACGGCCUUCGGGAAAAACCUGAUGCCGCGCGUCGCCGCGCUGCUCGAUGUGCAGCAAAUCUCCGAUGCCACCGCCAUCGAGGACGACAAGACGUUUGUUCGCCCCAUCUACGCGGGCAACGCCAUCGCCACGGUCGAGUCGUCGGAUCCAAUCAAGGUAGUGACCAUCCGCGGCACUGCAUUCCCCGCUGCGCCCGUUGCCAGCGGCUCAGCGGCGAUUGAAGAAGGUGUCGACCCCAAGGUGGAGUGCCCGACCGAGUGGGUGUCGGAGGACCUGUCCAAGUCGGACCGGCCCGACCUCGGAACGGCGAGCAGGGUCGUGUCGGGCGGGAGGGGGUUGAAGUCAAAGGAGGAGUUUGACAGGAUUAUGCUGCCGCUGGCCGACUCGCUCGGGGCGGCCGUGGGCGCCUCACGCGCGGCUGUCGACAGCGGGUACGCCGACAACAGCUUGCAGGUGGGCCAGACGGGCAAGGUGGUGGCGCCGCAGCUGUACAUGGCGGUGGGCAUCUCGGGGGCGAUCCAGCAUCUCGCGGGCAUGAAGGAUAGCAAGGUGAUUGCGGCCAUCAACAAGGACGCGGAUGCGCCCAUCUUCCAGGUGGCUGAUGUCGGGUUGGUGGGGGACCUGUUUGACAAGGUGCCAGAGCUGACUGAGAAGCUAAAGAAGGCAUAGAUCUAGGUAUAUAACAAAUAAUUGUACAAAGUUAUCAC